AGUGCCGAUCACGUUUUCUAGUAACUGAGGAGCAAACAGUACUCAUGGGUUAGGAUUCGGGUAAGACUGAAGCGCAGGUAAAGCUGACUGAUAAGUGUGACCGAGAUGUUUUUAAUCUCGGUAUCUAGGUAUAUUUUAUCAUGUUGUGUUACAAGUCUGUAUACACUACAAGGUGACGUAAAAGGCGCUGGAGCGGGUCACGAAGAUUGAGAGGCUAACCAAAGGUUCCGGAACUGAAGUUAUUAAGUUUGGGUUAUAUUUGGAUUUCCUUAUCACUGAAAAUUAAGAUGCAUAGAGCCUACCAGCCAAUAACGCCCGCCAAUAACAAGCUACUAAAGAAAAGAUGGGACAUGAGCAGCUAUAACACGCACAGAAGAAAGGUUCAGUCUGCCAAAGCAGUCAUUGACAACAAACCUCCCCAGACUUAUAUGCAUUUGCAUCUAAAGUUAAAGAAGUUACAGGUGGAGGAAGAAAGAUUAGCCACUAUUGAAAGAGACAAUCGUAUUUUGCUGGAAAAGAUGUCGUUUGUAAUGAGGACACGAGGCAGAGUUGACAACAGAAAUGAUUAUGAACACAAGAGUCUGAACAAGACAAAGAGACAAAGAGAACUACUCAGAGUUACCCACGAAAAUCAAGCUAUUUUGAAAAGGAUAACUGCAAAGGAACCCCAUUACAAUCAUCUUCAAUGGGAGGAUGAAUGGCAAAUCAAUGAAACAUAUAUGGACAAUAUUUCCAAGUAUCCAAAAGAUUGGUAUAAACAGCUGACAGCCAAGAAGAAGUCCAAGGAAGGAGACAAAAGUGAGAGGACCAGAGGAGACAAGAGGCACAGUUCAUAUUCUGUGGAAAGUGGAAAGGAUGGCAAGAGCAAGCCUGAACCAUCUGACAACGAUGAAGGCACAGACAGUGGAAACAAAGCUGAAAAAGACAAAGAUGCUGUUACAGAAUAAUGAGACAUUACUUAAUUUAUGAAUUAUAAGAGUGCAUUUUUUAAAUUUUAUUAUUUUAAAAUCCCAUGUCAAUUGUACAUAAGGUUUUAUAUCAGAGUGUGAUAAUUUGAAUUUUAUUACCUUUGUAUUUUUUUGUUUUCUUUUAAAAAGCAAUUUUUUUUCUUUCUCCUGACAUAAAAGCCUGUGCCUUUAUGGAUUUCUGCUCUGUAAGAAGAGGAAAGAAAGUGAACUUUUUUUCCACUUAAAUGUAUGGUAAAAAUGUAUUUGUCUAUGUUAAAAACAAUACCUUUGUACCUGCUGAAUUACUUUCUGCAGCUUUGAAUGGUCAAACUAAUUUUCUAUAAGCUGAAUUUUUGCGACUUCUCAGUAAAGGACAACAAAACUAUUUUCCACAGUGUGACAAUGAAGCCUGAGGCUGACAAGAAAUAAAGUGUGAACAAUCCCAAA